CCUUGCUUGCCUCUCUGCCCCUUCCUCUGUUCUUCAUUAAAAAAGGGGGAAAAACAGAGGAAAAAUAGAAAAGAAAACCCAUUUUUCUCAGACUAAAAAAAAAGAGAGAAAAUGGAAGCUUAGAGAGAAUCUGAAAGCCUUUUUGUUUUGUUUCGUUUUUUUUUUCUAGUGAGCCUUCGUAAUAUGAACUUUUGUCAAUGAUUACCCAAACCAUACCCACACAGAGAUUCACUACUCUUCAUUUCCAUGGCUCAUUCAUCAGAGCAAAGUCAAGAGGUGUUUUCAUGGCUGAAAUCCAUGCCUUUAGCUCCGGAGUAUAUGCCUUCUUUUGCAGAGUUUCAAGAUCCAAUUGCAUACAUUUUCAAGAUCGAAAAGGAGGCUUCCCAGUAUGGAAUCUGCAAAAUCAUACCCCCAGUGCCACCCGAUCCUAAAAAGACUGCAAUAAGGAACCUCAAUUGUUCCCUUUUGGCUCGUGCCGCAGCUAAUGCAAGCCCCGAUUCGAAACCAGUAGCCACAUUCACUACCUGCCAGCAGCAGAUCGGGUUCUGCCCCAGAAAGCCCCGUCCUGUUCAGAAAUCCGUGUGGCAGAGUGGGGAGUACUACACGUUCCAAGAAUUCGAAGCCAAAGCCAAGAGUUUCGAGAGGAGUUACUUGAAGAAACACAGCAAAAAGGGCACCCUUUCUGCUCUAGAAGUCGAAACCCUUUUUUGGAAAGCAACGGUUGAUAAACCCGCCAUGGUUGAGUAUGCUAACGACAUUCCUGGUUCGGCUUUUGUGCCGUUGAAUAUGAGAGAAGCAGGGGAAGGGGUUACAGUGGGGGAAACGCCUUGGAAUAUGAGAGCUGUUUCGAGGGCAAAGGGAUCGUUGUUAAGGUUCAUGAAGGAGGAGAUUCCCGGGGUUACUUCCCCUAUGGUCUACCUCGCAAUGCUGUUCAGUUGGUUCGCUUGGCAUGUUGAGGAUCAUGACUUGCAUAGCUUGAAUUAUUUGCACAUGGGCGCUGGGAAGACUUGGUAUGGUGUUCCGAGGGAAGCCGCGGUCGCUUUCGAGGAGGUCGUCAGGGUUGAGGGCUAUGGAGGGGAGUUCAAUCCUCUUGUUACUUUUUCUACUCUUGGUGAGAAGACCACAGUGAUGUCUCCUGAAGUAUUUGUUCAAGCCGGGAUACCAUGCUGCAGGUUAGUGCAAAAUGCUGGGGAGUUUGUUGUCACUUUCCCGAGAGCCUAUCAUUCAGGGUUCAGUCAUGGAUUUAACUUUGGAGAGGCGGCUAAUAUUGCAACUCCAGAAUGGUUGAGAGUGGCCACGUAUGCUGCGAUUCGAAGGGCUUCAAUCAAUUACCCUCCAAUGGUCUCUCAUUUCCAGUUGCUUUAUGAUCUCGCACUUGAAUUAUGUUCUAGGAUAUCUAUGAGCAUCAGUGCUAAACCAAAGAGUUCUCGACUAAAGGAUAAGAAAAAAACUGAAGGAGAAAACUUGGUUAAAGAAUUAUUUGUGCAGGAUUUAAUACAGAACAAUAAACUACUACAUAUUCUUGGAAAAGGAUCUGCAGUGGUACCACUUCCCAAAAGCUCUUCUGACAUUUCUCUUUGUUCAGAUUCACGAGUUGCAUCCCAAUUAAGAAUAAACCCGAGGAUGUCACUUGGUUUAUGCAACUACAAGGAAAUAGUCAAAUCAUCCAAAGAUGUAGGCUCCAAUGCGAAUACGCUAGGUUGGAAAGAAGAAAUCAAUGGAAUAAAAGGUUUCUAUUCAGUGAAAGGAAAACUUGAAUCGAUAUAUGAAGGUUACCGGGAUUCUUCUUUUAGUGGAAAUGACUAUUCAUAUAGACUGCCCUCAAAGACCUUGAACACGGUCAUGGAAAAAGACGGUGCCAUUCAAGAUGAUGCGUUGCCAGAUCAGAGGCUGUUUUCAUGCGUCACAUGUGGAAUAUUGUGCUUUGCCUGUGUUGCCGUUCUUCAGCCAACAGACCAAGCGAUUAGAUACCUCAUGUCAGCUGACUGUAGCUUUUUUAAUGAUUGGACUGUUGGUUCUAAAGUAAAUCACGAUGGGUUUGAUGCUGCCCAUGCUGAUGCAAUCACUUCCGAGCAAAAUCCUUGUACAAAUAAAAUGAAUAAGCGUGCUCCGAAUUCUUUUUAUGAUGUCUCUGUUCAGUCUGUUGACUCCAAGUAUCGGGUGGGAGAUUGGAGAAACCAAGGGAUGGAAGAUACUGUAAAACAGGGAGAGACUUCUGCUCUUGGUCUAUUAGCUUCUACAUAUGGAGAUUCAUCUGAUUCUGAAAUAGAUCAUGCUGAACCAAAUUUUACCAUCUUUCGUGACGCGACAAAGAUAAACUCUGCAAAUGUGUCCCCAGAAAGUAAAAUUCAGCGUAAUGAUUCUGCUUUAUCUCCUGAUGCGAAUAAGAGCCGCAAUCCCUCAUUACCAACAGCUGAUUCUGAGGAGGAAGCUCCUCUCCAUGUUGGUCAUUGCUUUUCCAAAUUUGGAUCUGGAAGAGUUGACAUCAUGAAUCAGAGCACUCAAACAUUUGACCCUUCUGUCGAGUUUAAAACCGAUAAAUUUAUUUCAAGAAGAUCCAAUGGUUUGGAGGAUAAGUUUAGAGAUCAAAGCACAGCGUCGCAUGCUAAUCCAAGUCCGUCUCCAGCCACUCACAGCGCGGAGAAAAUGAGGUUUAGAAAGGCUGUACCGAUGGAGAAUGCCGAUAUUCCAUUUGUUCGAAGAUCAGAUGAAGAUUCUCCUCAAAUGCAUGUCUUCUGUCUCGAGCAUGCUGUAGAAGUUGAACAGCAGCUUCGUCAAAUCGGCGGAGUGCAUGUAUUUCUCCUUUGUCAUCCAGAGUAUCCCAAAAUAGAAGCAGAAGCGAAGUUGGUGGCUAAAGAACUUGGAAUUGAUCAUCUCUGGAAUGACAUCUUAUAUGCGGAUGCUACUAAGAAUGACGAAGAACAGAUCCAGUCAGCUCUUGAUAGUGAGGAUGCUAUACCUGGGAAUGGGGACUGGGCCGUAAAGCUUGGUAUAAACCUAUUUUACAGUGCCAAUCUUAGCCGCUCUACAUUAUACAGUAAACAGAUGCCAUACAAUUGUGUUAUAUACUCUGUGUUUGGCCGUAAUUCUCCUGCUACCUCACCAACAAAGUUGAAUGUGUACGGUAGGAGGACCAGCAGGACGAGAAAAGUAGUGGCUGGAAAAUGGUGUGGUAAAGUCUGGAUGUCGAAUCAGGUUCAUCCAUUUUUAGCACAAAAGGAUCCCGAGGAACUAGAGCAAGAACAAAACUUCCAUGCUUGGGCGACUUCGGAUGAAAAUGUUGAGAGGAAACCGGAAAACGUUCGGAAAGCCGAAACAGCAAAGGUGGUUAAUAGGAAGGGAAAAAAGAGGGCGGAGAUCGCAGCUAACAAGAAAGUGAAAUGCUUUGAGCUGCAGGGUGCUGUUUCGGAUGAUUCGUUGGAUGCAGGUUCUCUUAGGCAGCAACGGGUAAUUUUUAGAGGCAAGAACCGUAGACUGGUUGAGAAAGAAGAGGCAAUUUCAUGUGAUCUGCUUGAGGAUGAUUCUCUACUGCAGCACUGGAAUCCCUCGAGGAUAAAAGCGGCAAAUUUUAUUGAAAGAGAUGAUGCGGAAUCGGAGGAUGAAAAAGAGGAUUCUACCCAUCAGCAUCAACAGUGCAAUCUCAGAGGCAAGCAUUGCAACUCUAUUGAAGAAGAUGAAGUUUCUGGAGACUCACUCGUUGAAAGUUCUCUUAAGCAGCGUAAGAGAGUUCCUAGAAGCUGGCUGGCCAAAUUUUCAGACGGAGAAACGGUUGUGUACAAUGAUGAACAAGAAGAAAUUUCUCAUUUGCAGCGUCGGAGGAUCCCAAGAGGCAAGCAAAUGAAGUCAGCCAAGAGGAAUGCCACAGUCUCAAAAAUAAUGCGUAAAGACAAACAAAGAAAGCUUCUCGAGAGCGAUGAUGCAAUGUCAGACGAAGAUUCGGAUGGUGACUCUCAGAAUCUGCUUAGGGGGAUUCUGAGAGGCAAGCAAAUGAAGUGCAUGGAAAGAGAUGAUGAGUUUUCAGAUGAUUCCGUCGAGAAUAGUCCUAAACAGAAGCAUCGGAGGGUUCUUAGUAGCAAAGCAGCCAAAUUUAGUGAUAGGAGGGUUCGUAGAAAUCAGCUAACUGAGUUUAUUGAGAGGGAAGAUGCAGUUUCAUCAGAUUCUACAGAUAACAGUCCUCUUCGGCAGCCUCGGAGGACCCCGAGAAGUAAUCAAACCAAGAUUCUUGAGAUGGAAGAUGCAGUUUCAGAUGAUUCAUUGUAUGGUACUUCUCAUCAAUCAAAAAAGAGUCUUAGAAGCGGAAAGAGGAAAGCCCCAACGCCACGAAAAGUAAAACAAGAAACCUCUAGGAAUGUGAAACGAGCGAAAGGUCUGUCAACAAAACAAGUAGUCUCUCAGCAAGUGAAACAAGAGACUCCUCGUACUUGGAACACCAGAAUUAAGCGAAGUGCUAGACAGUGCAAUUCAUCUGAUGAAGACGAGACUGAAGGUGGACCAAACACACGCUUAAGGAAAAGAAACCGAAAGCCUCUGAGAGAGCCGGGAACAAAACCGAAAGAGAAGCAAUCCAGUAAGAAGAAAUUGAAGAAUGCUUUGAAUUCGAAAAACGAAGCAGGUCACAACGCUGCAAAAGUAAGAAAUGAAGAAGCGGAAUACCAGUGCGACAUCGAAGGCUGCUCGAUGAGUUUCGGCUCAAAACAAGCGAUGCUCAUGCACAAAAGAAACAAUUGUCCUGUCAAAGGGUGUGGGAAGAAGUUCUUCUCACACAAAUAUCUGGUUCAGCAUCGUCGAGUUCAUCUAGAUGAUCGGCCUCUUAAAUGCCCAUGGAAGGGCUGCAAGAUGUCAUUCAAGUGGGCAUGGGCUCGAACCGAACAUAUUAGGGUUCACACAGGUGCUCGUCCUUACCUAUGCGCCGAGGAAGGCUGCGGUCAGACAUUUCGUUUCGUGUCGGAUUUCAGUCGUCACAAGCGGAAGACUGGGCAUGUAGGAAAGAAAGGUAGACAAUAAUUCGAAGGAAGAGAACUGUAAUUUUAAUAUUUUUAAUGAAACCUGCUAAUCAACUGGGGUUAGUAUUUCA